AUGGCCACCAAUUACGUUCAAAAUCAAUCUUGUCAAUGGUGUAACCAACCAUUAAUCGGGUCUCAGAAGUUAUCCAACUGUACAAAUCAUAUUAUUUGUAAUAAGUGUAAGAUAAAUAAUCGAUCAUGUCAAUCGGCUUGUCCUUGUUGUUGGUACAUCAAUGUAUCAGAAUUCAUAUCUAAGAAUACUAUUUGUCCGGUUUGCCGCAGUAAUAUUAAAUCCAAUGUUGAAACAUCUGAUUGUUAUCAUCAACAUAAACAUUGUGCAUGUUGCUCUUCAUCAGGAUGUAUUUUAUGUAAAUUUAUUCAGUUACGUUCAUGGGUCAAUAGUAGUUUUGAUGAUCUUCCAAUGGAUAUCAAACCUAUUUUAGUAAUAUGUGAUGAUUGGGAGAAAAAAUUUGAAGAAGAACUACAAUUGAAAACGAAUAGUCUUAUUGGAUUUUGUGAAAGACAAGAUUCAUCUUUCAUGGAUAUUGAUGAAAGCUCACCAGUCGUACAAAGUUCAAAUUUACUAAAAUCAAAUACCCAAACCAUGGAAAGUAUCAAUUGUCCCAUAUGUCUUGAUGAGUUGGGACCACCAUAUACUACACUUUCUAUAUGUCAACAUAGUUUUCAUGAUAGUUGCAUUAAACAAUGGAUACAGUCAAGUGGAAAACAGACGUGUCCUACCUGUGGGUACAUAUACGGUUUAAAUAAAGGUCCUCAGCCUCCGCAUGGUCAAAUGAUAAUUACUUAUAUAUCGACACCUUUAUCUGGUUUUUCUAUUGAACAGUAUGCAUCCAAUGAAGGACCUACUAUUGAAAUAACUUACACAAUUCCGUCUGGUAUACAAGGUCCUCUAAAUUCAUAUCCUGGUCAACCCUAUACAGGAACAGUCCGUAAAGCUUAUUUACCGAACAAUUCUGAAGGGAAAUAUGUGUUACAAUUAUUACGAAAAGCUUUUGAUGAUCAACAUAUAUUUACAAUAGGUAAAUCCGCAACACGAGGAUUAGACAAUGUUGUAAUAUGGAAUGAUAUCCAUCACAAGACAAAUAUCAGUGGAGGAGCUGAGCAUUUUGGUUAUCCUGAUCCAACAUAUUUGUUACGUGUUCGCCAAGAACUAGCUGACAAAGGUUACAAAUAA